CCAGCGGCGAAAAGCCCCAGGUUCACCAGCAGGUUCCUGAAAAGAGAAACCGGUGCAGGUGCUGGAUCCCGGAGCCAGGCCCGUUGUAACCCGCCCCGUUGCACCCCAAAAGGACAGCGCUCAGCAGUAAGCACCAGCGGUACCUGUGGGCAGGAUGGUGUUGCAGCAGUGGCAUUUGGAAAACGUCUCUCCUGUUUCCUCUGUUCCCUCCCUGCCUGUGCCUGAACCUUCAUUCUGUCCCUUGUUCCCAAAUCCUCCCUUUCCCUUGGACUCCCUCCUGCUUUUUCGCUCUGGUUUGCAGUUCUCAAAUCACUCUCCUCCGCCCCGUGAGCCCCCAGCGGGUCUUGGCCUUUCCCUUGCCCACUCCCCUACUCCCAGCAAUCCCCCUCUCAGCUUUUGAGGCUUUUUUGGGGGAAAAAAAAAAUCCGUCUGCCACCCGGGGCAUCACCACCUUCCCUGGGAGGUGCCUGUUUCCAUCAGGAGGGGACUUCCUGACAGCAAAAUUAGCGCCUUCAUUAGCACCAUUAAGCCUUGCACACGUACGUGCUGCCAGGGCGCUCUGCGCUGGCGCUUACCUGGGCAUCCAUCACCUUUUCUCAGUGCCCUGGCACUAACCGCACUGUAAUUGUGGCCGUCCCUGCCUCCAUUUCCACACUCUUUGACAGCAGAUUAUAUAUUACCAUGCCCACGUGGUUCCACAUCAAACAAUCCAGGACGGAGCAGCCGGGGUCACCGUGACGGCUGGUUACCUGUGGGACAGGGCAUUCGCUGGGCAAGCUGGGACCAGAUCGGUGCACCGAGACGGGGCCUCAACCCCGCACCUUCCCCUGUGCCUGAGCUCUUGUGCCUGGGCAAAGCGGGUUGUGGGACUGAGACCUGCAGAAGUAACCUGGCCCGAGCAGAGGCGGUCGCUGCAGAGCCCCAAACCCGAUGCGGUUUGCGCCUUGUGGGGUGCGCUGUGCGUCACCCGAUGCUGCAGGGACGGGCAGGUUCUUUUAAGGAUCCUUUGUGGAAUGAGAACUGGCCACAGGGUUGUAGUGGUAAUUAGAGCUUUUAUAUAAAGGUUUUAGCAGUCAGCAUAGCUUAUUACACAGAGUUUCCUAGCAAUUAGCAUAGCUUUCCUCUUACUCCUAUUUCCCUGCUCCCUGAGAGCUGGUCAUCCUCCUCUUUGGGGACACCCAGGUCACCAAAGCCAGGCCAGUAAGAAGACCUGCACUGGCCACGGAGCUACUCGGCUCUCGAGGGGGACGUACUGCGACACUGGCCAUCCAGGCUGCAGCCACAUUUGUCCCUGCUGCUGUAUUCCUUUCCCAAAGAGCUAAUUGAUCCACUGCAUUAGUUAAUUGAUUUAUAGCUAUUAGACACUGUAAUUAACCAACCGGCUGGAAAGCUGUGUGUUAUCUUCCCGGUGGGAGCAAGGUUGAGAAGCAGCCAGCUCUGAUGGGCCAUGGGCUGCCCUGUCCCUGUGAACAGUGCCGCUCAUUUGCUGUCUUUGAAGGAUUUUACUCCACCUCAGACUUGGGGCUUUCCCUUUUAUCUCCUCCUUUGCUAACGUUUGGCAUCAGCAGGCUCAGCCCGAGCCUCCCUGUUCUCCCUUAUCUCCCCCCCGCGUUCCUGCAAGGUCGCAAACUCGUCUUCCUGCUCUGUGUUGAUGAAGGAGUUUGCAUUGCUGGGCAGACCAGUUCGGACCAGCUUGUUAUCAAAGUGUUCCCAGCCCUCAGCAAAACCUCCCACUGCUGUCAGACCCUGACACGAUGCAGAUGUUCCUUAAGCAUUAGGAAGGUGAUGCGUCUCAUCGCGGGGCUGGGCGAGAUGUCUGUACCUUGUACUGACACAUGUGGCUGGUGCUAACAAACUCCUGGGAAUGUCAUUCCCUGGGGGAAUGCAUGGAAAUAGGGAGGAGGAGACGCUGUAGGUGCCGGCAGUGGUGCCCAGUGCCUGGCUGUCCCAGGAGGGGAUGUGUCGGACCGACAGCAGGCUUGGGAAACCCUCUGAGCCGCAGCGGGCUCUGUCCCUGGGGCUGCUGCGGGGUGGCGAUGCUGUGUGCAGGGCUCAAACCCGGCUCUGGUGCUAGAGGGUGAACAGACACAGGUGGCUUCAGCGGCACGUCGGCCCCGAGCAGCUCUCGGCAAACCCAGUGGCAAAGCUGGGUGCUGACCUCCUGGGGGCCUUCUCCUCAUUGGGACCGAGGCCAGGACAAACUUUUGGCAGAGAUGUUCUCACCCUCGGGCUGCAGGAGGGGCUUCCCGGGCUCCCGCAGGGAGCCCGGUCCGUGGCAGGCUGGACCACCACCACUCCACGCUCACGGCCCCCAGGAUGUCUGGGAUGAGCCGCCCUGGGAGCACCAGCACAGGAGAGGCAGGGGCAGAUGGCACCCGCCCUGUCCCCAGGACCCCAGACCCUUCUCUGGCUCUGCCGAACUCCCUUGGAACGAGGAGGACAGGAGAUGGGCACCCCAAGACUGUCCCCCGCCACCCCCCUGGGACAAUGGAGAAGAUGGCCGAGGACCUGAGGAUUGCUUCAGAGAGGGCUGGCACCCGCCCUGUCCCCAGGACCCCAGACCCUUCCCUGGCCCUGAUGACUUUCCUUGGAACGAGGAGGAUGGGAGAUGGGCACCCCACAACUGUCCCCCGCCACCCCACUGGCAUGAUAGAGGAGAGAGAGGACCCGAGGGCUUCUCUGGAGGGGGUCUGCACCACUUCCCCACAGGAGCCGCUGCCCGGCCCCAGCUGCUUUGCCUGGCCUGAAUUCCCUGAUGAGGAUUGGCACCCUCCCCGGCCCCCCGCCAGCCUGCCAGGGGAGCAAGGCGGCUUCCAGGAUGGCUGCCCGUCCUGGGACUAUCGUGGCCUGGGUGGGAAGCGCUACCGACGCCUUCGCCGCAGCCACCGAGAGUUAACCUUGGUCCAGCGUGUCCCACGUCCCUGGCCCACCAGAGGGCAUCCGCCAUCCUCCAGGUCCUCCCCUUCCCUCUGCUGGCCAAAGAUCAAAGAAGAGCCGCAGCACCCUGAUCCUUCCCAGCCACUUCCUUCCUUCAAAGAUGGUGCGCAGAGCAGGAAGCAGAUGGCUCAGGACCCACCAGCGGUGAGCAGGAAGAUCCCGGAGCCCCCCAGCCCAGCCAGCACCCCUCAGAGGAGCCCAGCCACUGAUCCCCAGGUUGCAACAGAGGCUCCAGAGCCAGAGCAGGCAGCAGGAGCGACGCCGGUCGAGCCAGGAGCCAGGCAGGAACCUGCAGGCAGCAACGGCCAGGGCCCUUCUGCUUCAGAAACAGAGCUAGCACUGCCAGAGCAGAGCUCUGCUGGGACCAGUGAGCACCUUGAGGUAGAGCCGUGCAGCCAAAGUGUCCCUAAAGCUGGUGCAGAUGCCGGGUCACCUCCCCACGGUCCAACAGCCCCAUCGGAGCCUGCUGAGAGGGUCCGCGUGGCAGCCAGCUCCGCUGGAGAGGUGGAUGCUGAGCUCUGCCCGCGUUCCCAGGGACAGCAGCAUCUGCCGAGUGGAGCCGGAGAAGCUGAGUCAGAAGCUGCCCAUGAUGGGCUUCUUGGUGGCCAUCAGCCAUCCGAAAACUCGCAGGUCCCAUCAGGAGCUACUGCAGAGCCCGACACACAGCCCAGCCAGGCUUGCUCUGAUAUCUGUGCCACGCCAGAGACCUCACUGAGGACCCAGCAUCCUCCUGGGUCUGUCAAGACGGAGCCGGCUGCAGGCAGCCGGUGCCAGCUCUGCUCUGCGCUCCUGACAUCAUCCCCGGCCGGCGCAGACCUCCGCUCCGCCGCUGUCCUUGCUAGGAAGGAGGAGAUCGAGUUGUCGUACCAGCAGUUCAGCCUGACCAUCGCGGUGGUGGCCACGAUGCUGCUGCAGAAGGAGCCCUCCAUGGAGCCGGCGCUGGGGCUGGCGCUGAGGGCCAACCUCCGCCAGGGCCGGAUCCAUCACCUCCAGGAGCUGGAGGACUUCAUCAACAGCUACGACUCAGCCACCCUCAGCCGCUGAGGGGUUCCCGGGGUGAGCAGCCAGACACCCCCUCUCGCCAGCUAGGGUUGCAGGGGGGUGAUUGGGGGGAGCUAUGUCAGUCCAUUGGGGUGCUGGUGAUGAUGCUGAGCCCUUGGAUCAAGGUGGUAUGGACAUGCUGGCGUAGUCCCACCAUCUCUGUUGGAGAUGGAGGAAGAGGGGGAUGCUUACUUUUAGCCGUGCCCAGACCUGUAUGUGCAGCAGAAGGGGGAGCUGGUUAUGCUGGGGGGUGGUGGAAAGGAGAGUGGCUGCAGGGAGCCCCUCUCUGCCCCGGCUCCUUGCUCCUUUUCUGGUUCACAGGGAUGUGCCCCCA